CGCUCCAGACAACUACUUUUUUCGCACAGUUGUACGCGACGCGCGCCCGCACUCGCACACAUAUAUAUACGCAUACUAGAGUCCGCUGGAUUUCGCAAAGACGCCCACGCCAUUGCAUUUUCUAGUUUCUUCACCUUCCCUUCAUGUCUCUCUGCUGACUCGCUCACUCUCUCUCGCUGCAUCUAGCUCUCUCUCUCUCUGAACUUGCCCCUCUCUCUGAUCGCUCUUCUUUUCUGUGAGCUCGGAAGCAUACCAUAGAGACUUCUCCUGCUGACAAUAAGAUCGACCACUCUCCAAGUAUAACUCAUGCUACCCCAACUUUGUCAAAAAAAUCAUCCCAUGGGGCCCUGGCAACAUUAUAAAGAAUCAUUAUAUUUUUGGAAACCAAAGAUCAUAAAAUUGUAGAAUUCAUACUUCUUGGUCAGAGCUCUGUACAAGGUUAUGUCGAUCCAAUCAUCUACUGUUUUUGCUUGCAAGUGCAUUUGGAGAAGUAAGGUGCCUCUCAAGGUUGCGCUUUUGGUUGGUUGGCCUCUCAUGGGAAAAUUCUUACUAUUGAUAAGUUGAGGAAGUGUAGUAUAUUUAUUAUGGAUUGGUGCUUUAUGUGUAAAAGGAAUGGUGAAUCGGUGGAUCAUCUUCUUCUCCGUUGUAUGGGAUGAGAUUUUUGGUAGGCUUGAGAUUGCAUGGGUGAUGCCUAGGAGGGUGGUGGAUCUUUUAGCUUGAUAGACUGGAAUACAGGGCAAUCGUCAAAUAGCGGUUGUUUGGAAGAUGAUGCUGUUAUGUCUUAUGUGGUGCAUAUGGAAUGAGAGGAAUGGACUAUGUUUUGAUGAUAGAGAAUGUUCAUUGGGAGUGAUUAGAGAUUUAUUCUUCCAUACGUUGUUACUUUGGGCAUCGACUAUUUUAUUGGAGGGGGCUGGCUAAGUCGAGUGGCUGCAUGAGCCGUGAAUUUUUUCUUUGCGCAAGGGCUGAAGAUUGUAAUAAUGGCCUCAAGAGGAAUUUUGCAAAGGAAAAGAAACCUCACCAAUUCCCUGAAUCAAUCCACUUGCUUGAUUCGAGGUUUUCCAAAUUUUGAGCUACUAAGGACAUACCCAUCUGAUGUAUUAUUGAAUUCAAGCUGGGUUGCAAAUCAUCCAUUUGCAGCUACUAAUUGUAGAAAUGAAGGAGGUUUAUUUUCAGUCAACAAGGAUGGAUUACCUGGUCUUUUAUUAGGAUUUCCUAGGCAUAACUCCUUUGCAAUUCCAACUUUAGGUAAUGGAAUUGGAAGGGUGGGUUUCGUUCCCUCUUUGGGAGUUCAAUGGAUUUCACAAUCUGUUCGCUUUGCUUCAGCAGCCCCAUUGGGUCAAGCUGAAACAGCUAGUGGUAAUGAUGAGAAUGAACAAAAGGUUUCUAAAAGGGUAAAGGAAGCUUCACCGGAGGAGUGUGACCAAGCAGUUGAAGGUUUGAGUACGGUUAAAGCCAAAGCAAAAGCUAAGCAGAUGCAAGAAUCACAAAAGAAGGUCGAAUCUAUUAUGAAGACAAUAUGGACAAAACUUCUGGGAAUUGGUCCUGCUUUAAGAGCUGUUGCCUCCAUGAGCAGGGAGGACUGGGCUAAGAAGUUUCGCCAUUGGAUGGAUGAAUUUAAGUCUACAUUGCAGCACUAUUGGUUGGGUACAAAACUACUUUGGGCCGAUAUUCGGAUCAGCUCAAGGUUAACAUUGAAGCUUGUGAAAGGGAAGACUCUUUCUAGAAGGGAGAGACAACAACUCACACGCACCACAGCUGAUAUUUUCAGGCUUGUUCCUGUUGCAGUUUUUAUUAUAGUUCCAUUCAUGGAGUUCUUGCUGCCAGUAUUCCUGAGAUUAUUUCCCAACAUGUUACCAUCAACCUUCCAGGACAAGAUGAAAGAAGAGGAGGCAUUGAAAAGGAGGCUAAAUGCAAGACUAGAAUAUGCAAAGUUUCUUCAGGACACAGUGAAAGAAAUGGCGAAGGAAAUCCAAAUCUCGCGUAGUGGAGAAAUUAAGAAGACAGCGGAAGAUCUUGAUGAAUUUGUCAAUAAGCUGAGAAAAGGUGCCAGUUGUUCCAAUGAUGAAAUUUUAGGCUUUGCCAAGUUAUUCAAUGAUGAGCUUACUUUGGAUAACAUCAGCAGGCCUCGGUUAGUUAACAUGUGCAAAUAUAUGGGUAUCAGCUCAUAUGGAACUGAUGCGUAUCUGCGGUUUAUGCUUCGGAAAAGACUACAACAGAUCAAGAAUGAUGAUAAGUUGAUUCAGGCUGAGGGCGUGGAGUCCCUUUCAGAAGCUGAACUUCGUCAUGCCUGUAGAGAACGAGGAAUACUCGACUUAUCUUCAGUGGAGGAAAUGUGUCAACAGCUGCGUGAUUGGUUGGAUUUGUCUCUCAACCACUCUCUUCCAUCUUCCCUCUUGAUUCUUUCUAGAGCCUUCUCUACGUCUGGUAAAAAGCCAGAGGAAGUUGUUCAAGAGGCAAUCUCCUCUCUACCAGAUGAGGUUGUGGAUACUGUUCAAGUGACAACCUUGCCGUCAGAAGAUGCUGUUUCAGAAAGAAGGAGGAAGUUGGAGUUCCUAGAAAUGCAGGAAGAAAUGAUCAAGGAGGAGGAAGAGGAAGAAGAUGAGGAGCAGGCCAGGAUGAAGGAAUCUGCUGGCAGCCAAAAGGAUGUGGCUUUGGAAGAGAUGGCUGCAGCCAUGGCUAGAGAAGCACAGGAACAGUCGAGAAUGAAAACACUGGAGAAAGUGGAGGAGCUUUGUGAGCUCAGUCGUGCACUGGCUGUUUUGGCUUCAGCAUCUUCUGUGAGCAGGGAGCGCGAAGAGUUCUUGCAACUUGUCAAAAAGGAGAUAGAAUUGUAUAACAGCGUGGUGGAGAAAGAGGGUACAUAUGGUGAAGAAGAAGCUAAGAAGGCAUACAAAGCUGCCCGGGAAGACAGUGAUCAUGCUGCCGAGACAGCUGCAGAUCACAAGGUUUCUUCGGCACUUAUAGAAAGGGUUGAUGGAAUGCUCCACAAGCUUGAAAAGGAAAUUGAUGAUGUUGAUGCAAAAAUUGGAGACCGUUGGCGGUUACUUGAUAGGGAUUAUGAUGGGAAAGUGACACCUGAGGAGGUUGCAUCUGCUGCGAUGUACCUCAAGGACACUUUGGGUAAGGAGGGCAUACAAGAACUUAUCAGCAAUCUUUCCAAGGAUAAAGAAGGAAAGAUACUGGUUGAAGAUAUCGUCAAACUAGGCAGCGAAACGGAAGAUAUUGAAUCUGCUGAAGCAGGAAAAUCAUAGAGGAUAUAUACAUAAUUUAGUUAAUCCAAGUUUUAUAUUUGUGAAUGAAAUGGCUGUGAGAUUUAGAGAAUAAAUUCUACUUGGAUACUCCGCUCUCAAUAUCUGUGAGAUGAUGAUCCUAUGCCCGCCUUGAACCGAAGGAAAAAGAUCAGGGAUUCUUUGUAGUUGUAGCAGAAGGAAGAAGUGAUGCAUCCCUUGUUGCCGCAAAAUCAAUAUAUAAAUAAAUGGAGAACUAGUAUGUGUAUCCACACGAGAUCUUAUUUGGCUGUCUUGUCUGUGAGAUGGAAGAAAAUUCACUAGAAUAAUAUUGUUGAUUAUAGAGAUAGGACAUGAGUUAUGUUCAUGUUGAUUUUGUAAAUUGAUGGCCUCGGAUUCUGAAGUAUGAUAUCAUCAGGUAACAUUUUUUAGACUGAAA